CAUUUUCUGUUGAAAUAUUUUCUUUACUUUCAUUGUUUAUUGUUUAAUUGUAAUUAUUGACAAUUGACUGUUAAUUUUUACUAAUUAACUAUGUGAAGUUUUGUUCCUUAAACUGUAUUAAUGAAGUGUUCGCAAUGCAAUUCAACUUUCUUUGAGAUCGAAAGUGGUGAUAAAGUUUGUGUAAAUUGUGGACUAGCUAAAAAUGAUCGAUACGAGUCUAAUGCUACCGCCGAUGGACUGACUUACACUAAUAACAGCGUAUUCAAUGGACAAAAGAUACCAAAUACAUUGAAACAUUCAAUUGCAAAUAGAGAUGGAGCUCGGGCUAUUAAAGAUGCUCUUGAACGAACCAUUCGAAUAUGUGAUUAUUUUAAAUUCUCUUGUACAAUGAUACAAGAUGUUAAGGAUAUCUUUAAAUCUUUGGUUCGAUCAUCCAAAUUCUUGCGAAAAUAUUUCAGAAGUAAAGUUAUCCUCGGCGGUGUGGUAAUACUAAUUGUAGCCAAUAGAUCAGAACUGACUAUACCAAAGGAAAAGAUUUGCGAAAGAAUUGGCUGUUAUUUAGCUGAAUUUAAAUCGGUUCUAAACAUGGUCAUUGAAGAGAAUCCUAGUCUUAAACCAACACCGAAACCAAUGAGUGAUCUGAUUCCACAUCUUGUAAAUGGAGCAAAAUUUGAUACAACGGAAACCAAUGUGAUAAAAGAAAGAUGUAAACAGUUGAUUGAAUUAAUUUCUGAAUCAAAUAUGAUGAAUGGUAAAAAUCCAACCCACAUAAUACAUGCAGCUUUAUGUUUAACCUGGAAAUCAAUUAAACCCAAAGAACGAGGGGUCAAUAAGAUAACGUUUAGAAAAUUUUGUUCCAUUUGCGAUUUACCAUUUUCGGAGACUGGUAAUCAAAGAUAUAAGGAAUUGAUAGAAUUCAUAACAACAUUAGUAACAUAUUUACCAUGGAAUAAGCUGUCGAUUAACAUGAUCAAGGUGAACUUGUCAUUCCACUUGACUGAUAUUCUAAAUCAUUCAACGAUGGUUCUCGAUCGAUACAACGAAGCCAAUAGACCAAAAGUGCCAAUUGAAAUUCAAGAAACUUCCAAUUUAAUGGAAACUUAUCAACCAAUAGUAUUACCAAUCGAAGAGCCAGAAAUUUCUGAUUCAGAAAUCGACAAGUACAUACGAAGUGCUGGAGAAGUUAAAUUUAUCAAAAACUUACACCGAAAGACUAAAUUGUGAAAAAUUAUUUAUAUCAAUUAAUUUUUACUUUAAAUUGUAUUAUAUUUAUGUGAAAAAAAACUCAUCACUAAAUUUCACUAGUUAGAUGAGAAAAUUGGAAAAAACCACCAAAAUGUAAGAUAAAAAUGUUUAUUUACUUGUAACAAUUAAGAAAUUGAUCAAUAACAAUUGUAAAUUAAUCACAAUAA